AUGACAUGGCGAGGAGGGUGUCUAGAGGGCAGAAUACCCAUGUGGCUAUGUACGGAGCACGAGUGGAUCGAGCGACUGAACCUGCAGGCCCACUACAAUGCUCAGACCCACAGCGACGAGUUCGUUAUGGAGCUGCUCGUGUCGCUCGACAAGAUGCAGGUUUGUAUGGGGUGUCUCCUCGCCAUCAUCCUCUUCAGCCCCUCGUCUUCCCUCGACCCCCCCACGCACACCCGCCCAAAUUCAAAUUCGAAAUCAGGUUUUCGCCCACGGCCUGCUCCUCAUAGAUGCCGGAAGGAGUUCGUAUACCCCCUGCUGGCGUCACAUCUGGCCGAGCAUGUGGACUCCGUGACCACCUACGUGCUGCUGUACCAUGAAGUGACAGUGGCUGAUCUGUUGCAGGUGGCUCUGUACCACUCCCACGCCGCCAAGUCCCUAUCCGAGGAUUACGCCCUGGAGCUGGCGGAUUGGUGCUACAGGAAACUGACACGUCUGAACGCGGAGGGCCACAAGCUGGCGAGCCCAGGGCCAUCCGGGCACACGCAAAGUCAGUUGCUGCACCGCGCGCCGGCGCUGUGGGGGCGGUAUGAGGACCGUCAGGACGGUGUGUCGUCGCCGCUGCUACCUGGCGACGCUAGCGACGAGGACGACUUCAUGGUCGAGGACGAGGACACUGGCGGCAAGGAUGCGGUCGCGGGUCCCUCCUCCGUCUCCGCAGACCAUGCGGAUGGCCUUGUGGAGCAGCUCAGAGUUGUGGUGCAUAGCGUCCACUCUUUGGACUGCGCCGUGGGGCUCUCUAAUGUGGAAACCUUGCGGGCGGGUAGCGUUAACGUGUCGGUGCAGCUGUGUACGACACGUACGGCAGUCCCAGCGGCAGCGGCGGCACCAGUGGACCAGGGAAAUGGCGGUAGUGACGGCGGUGGUGACGGCGGCCGUACACGGGCGGGGAGUCACGGCCGACGCAUCCGAGUGCUGACCUACAUCCCCUGUGUACGGCACCUUGCCUGCGAUGCCGCCGCGCUGAUUCCCGUACAGCGGCUGCCGGCGCCGCCCCAUGCCGCCGCCAGCUUUGGCGAUCAUCAAUACCAUCAUCAUUACCAUCGUGCGGUGGAGAAGGCGCGGUGGCGGCUGGCUUUCAGUUUCGCGGCAGGCGUUGGCGGCGCCACCUUGCCGUACUCCGCAGAUGGCCUGAGCACCGUGGAUCGCGAGGAGCUGCUGCUGCUGCAGGUGUUUGAGUGUCAACUGACGCGGACUCAGGUGCUGUGGAGACUGGGCCAAGAGGCCCUCGCACGGCAAACCUUGGCGGAAUGUUCGUCCAUGGCUCGGGAUUUGCAAGACGCCAGGCCAGACCUCUCUUGUGUGCUCACCGGCUGGUUAGCCCAGGGGCCAUUAGCUAUUGCUGCGGCAGCAAAGUGGAGUAUCGUAGCUUGUUGGCUGCCAAGGCGCUGGUUUAGGCACCUUGCCGUACUUGAUUUUGGCUCGUAUCUUCAUGGUGUCCUUGCUUGGAUGUACAUCUACGUGUACUACAUCCCAAGGCCGCCGCCGCCGUCACCGCCAGCGGCUGCUGGAGUCAGCUCUGGCGCCGCCAGUUCCGGUGCAGCGGCGGCGGCAGCGUCCCUUUUAGAAGGCGAUGACGCCGGUGAAGAUGGUGGAGAGUACGACAAUGUGUACGGCAGCGGUGCUGGCGGUGCCGGCGGCGGCCUGGCUCUCGUUGAUCCUGCUGAGGCGAUACCCCUCCUUGACCAGGUCCUGAUAUGGCUCGCUCUGUGUCACCAGGCCGCGGGGGACCCCGACGUGUGCCUGCUGUGUGUGGGGGCGCUGAGGGAGGCGGGGUCGGUGCCGGGGGAGGGCCCGGAGCUGGAGGCCCUUGAAGUCAGGGCCCUUGCUGCGACGGGCACUCAUCCCCUGGAGGAGCUUGUGGCGGCAGAGGAGGUGCUGGCCAGCCGGCCUGAUGCAGCUGUGGAGGUGGUCUGGGAAACACUCCAGUCGCUGUGGAGCAGUGACCCGCGGGUCAGGGAGGCGCCUGAGGCGCUGUGGCCGGCUGUAGCGGCUUUGCAAAGUCGGGUGCCGCAUGACGCCGCCUUCGCGCUCGAGUUCCUGCAAGCCGUGUACGACAUUCGCAUGACAGCGUCUGCGAUGGAGGAGGCGGGGAAGGAGGGAGUGGAGGAGAAGUGUCAAGAGAAGCGGGACGAGGAGCGGGAGGCAACUCGGGCUCAGCUGCGUCUGGCGGCGUGGGUGCUGUUAGUGCCCACGCCUGCUUGCACGGGCAGUGCACGGGCACUCUCCAUCUCCAAAGCCGGACAUCCGCAGCAGCAGCCGCCGCCAACGUUGCCCGCUCCCGCCGCCGCCGCCGCCGCCAGAGUAAUGGUGCUCGGCGGGCUGCGGCGGGCAUCCAGCAGUUUCCGGAGUGCCGCCGCUGGGUAUGCCCCCGGGCAUGCCGCCACUGGGGAUGCCGCCACCGGGCAUGUGGGCCCCCGGCCAACCGCGACCAUCGGUCUGGCCCCCGAGUGUCUGGUGGCAAAGCACAGGCUCCCGGCCGUACUUGCUGAGGACGGGCUGGAUAUGCCGCUGUGCUGUGUAUAUCUAAUGUAA